AUGGAUGAUGUUACUGCGGUUAACCAGGCCAACCUAAACUAUGCAGUACCUUCAAAUCCAUACAUCGACAUAUCAACAUACCAACAAAAUGAGACCAGCAUCACUCUGCGGUUAUAUGUAAACUACUAUGUCAGCCACUUUAUUCUCCAGUUUAACGGCACAGAGACAAACAUCAGUGCAUCAUAUGGAUUAGGAUAUAGAUAUGGAUAUGGAUGGGCAACAGUCUCAUCUCUCACUGCUGGAACUAGAUACACAUUCACUGCCUUCUCUGUCCUUGAGAAUUUGAGAAGUAGUGGAGUCAGCAUUGUAGCUGCUACUGUUCCUCUAAACACAGACAGUUUCAGACCAUCAUCACAAAAUGAGACCAGCAUCACUCUGCAGUGGAAUAAAGUCAACAACAACACCAGCUUUGUUCUCCAGUUUAACGGCACAGAAACAUUCAUCAGUUCACCAGAUGGAGAUGGACCAGUAACUCACACAGUCUCAUCUCUCACUGCUGGAACUAGAUACACAUUUACUCUCUUCUCUGUGUUUGAGAACGUCAGAAGUAGUGGAGUUCAGCUCCCAGCUGUUACUGCCCCUCAAAAUGCAAAAGGCUUCAGAUCAUUGAGACAGGAUGAGACCAGUAUCACUCUACAGUGGGAUCCAGUCAAUAACAAUGUCAGCUUCAUCCUCCGAUAUAAUGGAACAGAGUUGAAUGUAGCGGCACCAACUGGAAAUGGACCAGUAACUCUGACAGUCCCAUCUCUCACUGCUGGAUCUAGAUACACAUUCACUCUUUUCUCUGUGUUUGAGAGCAUCAGAAGCAGUGGAGUCAGCAUUGCUGCAGUGACUGCUCCUGAAAAUGCUGAAGGCUUCAGGGCAUCAAAACAAAAUGAGACCAGCAUCACUCUGCAGUGGAAUAAAGUCAAAAACAACACCAGCUUUUUUCUCCAGUUUAACGACACAGAGACAAACAUCAGUUCACCAGAUGGAGAUGGACCAGUGAACUAUACAGUCUCAUCUCUCACUGCUGGAACUAGAUACACAUUUACUCUCUUCUCUGUGUUUGAGAACGUCAGAAGCAGUGGAGUUCAGCUCCCAGCUGUUACUGCCCCUCAAAAUGCAGAAGGCUUCAGAUCAUUGAGACAGGAUGAGACCAGUAUCACUCUACAGUGGGAUCCAGUCAAUAACAAUGUCAGCUUCAUCUUCCGAUAUAAUGGAACAGAGUUGAAUGUAGCGGCACCAACUGGAAAUGGACCAGUAACUCUGACAGUCCCAUCUCUCACUGCUGGAUCUAGAUAUACAUUCAUACUCUACCAUGUGUUUAUGAAUGUUAGAAGCAGUGCUGUAAACAUCACCGUUGCUACUGCUCCUGAAAAUACUAAAGGCUUUAGACCAUCAUCACAAGAUGAGACCAGCAUCACUCUGCAGUGGAAUAAAGUCAACAACAACACCAGCUUUGUUCUCCAGUUUAACGGCACAGAGACAAACAUCAGUUCACCAGAUGGAGAUGGACCAGUAGCUCACACAGUCCCAUCUCUCACUGCUGGAACUAGAUACACAUUCACUCUCUUCUCUGUGUUUGAGAACGUCAGAAGCAGUGGAGUCAGCAUUGCUGCAGUGACUGCUCCUUCAAAUGCUAAAGGUUUCAGACCAUCAGCACAAAAUGAGACCAGUAUCACUCUGCGUUGGAAUAAAGUCAACAUCCACGCCGAUUUUGUUCUCCAGUUUAACGGCACAGAAACAUUCAUCAGUUCACCAGAUGGAGAUGGACCAGUGACUCACACAGUCUCAUCUCUCACUGCUCGUACAAACUACACAUUCACUCUCUUCUCUGUGUUUGAGAACAUCAGAAGCAGUGGAUUCAGUAUCCUUGCAGCUACUGGUCCAAACUAUGUUUUGUCAGUGAACUUGAGGUUAAGGUGUCGCAAAACAAUGUCAGAAUCAGAGGUUGAAGAUGCUUUGGUAGAGCUCUUCAGAAAAUAUAAUUUGCCGCCACAGUUUUCAGUUAAAAUUGUUUCUUCAAAACCAUGAAAUCGCUGGAAGAGUUAAAUGAUGGAGAAUUCAUCAUCAACAUUAUUGUGUUUCUUUUUCCUAAUAUACAAUCUGAACUGAUAUAGAUUAUGUACUCAUUUUGAAAUUGUGGAAUUUUGUCAUUUAUACUUUGUCUCUGGUGGGACAUUUUUAACAAUUUUUUUAAUCAAGACUUCAGUUAAGAUUUAGUUGAUUUUCAAGUCAUUUAUGUACAUGUGUUUUUUGAUUUUGUUGGCUUUAAAUCAAGUUAUGGGGAACUAUGAAUUGUUUACAAUGUGCUGGAAAAAAUGUCCCAGAGGAAAUAUUGAAAAUCUAGAUGCAAAUCCUGAAAAAACAUUAAAGAAAAGACUGGUAUGAUUGGUCCGUGCAUCUUGUGGUCAUUUGAUUUUCCGUUUAGAAACAAACAUAAAAAAACCCCAAAAAAACAAGUGUCAAUUUGAUUUUUGCUUUAAAACACCUAAAUAAAAUCAAAAUUCAAAGCGUCUCUCCUGGGUGAAAAAUAAUGAGCGAAGCUUUAAAAAUGAUUUGAGUUUCCUUUUCUGUUUCGGAUAACAGAAUAAAAAAAUGUG